AUGAUCUAUUCUCAACAUCCAUAUGAUUAACCCAUUAGUGCUUUUCCUUAAGGAUACCCCAUGUAUUAUUAGCAUUAUCAACCAUACCCUGCAUCAUUUGAACCCUAUCAAGUAUUAUCAAAUGUGAUACCUAUCACUGAGCCAUUACCAUAAGCAAUUAUUUAUCCACAGGAAACAGUAAUUGAAAGAUACCCUCCCUUAUAAAUGCCGAAGAAAGUUGAAGUGGAAUAUACUCAAUAAGAAAAAAGAAAAAAUUUAUACAAUUUAGAUAACAAUCCAUAUUUGUUUUCAUCUGCAAGAGCCAGAAAUUAUUCGCAAUAAUUACCUCCAUAAAGUUAUUAAUAAUAACCUCAUGAGGCACACUAAGUUUAAUUUUAGACAAAUAGAAUGGAAAAUACUUAAAGAAUAUUCGACCCCUAAAUUUAAUCAAACUAACAGAGAGAUCUGAGAGUAUCUGAAUCAACAAGAUAAUUUUACCCACCUCAAUAAUAAUCCAUUAAUGAUUAAAUUGAUCAGAGACUUAGAAAUACUUCACAAUACCCAAUAUCAAAUAUUCAAUAGUCCAAAAUACUUGAAUAAAAAGAUUAUUACAUUCAAUCAUAGAACAUACCUAUUUAGGAAUAUGUACAACCAAUUUAAACUUAAAGUUUGCAUCCUUAGUAUUAAAUUACUGCAUAAUUUCAGCCCUUAUAAUCAAAAAGUCUAAAUGAUUAAACUGGAAGAUAAUUGAAUGAAUCAAAACCUCCUAUUAUUCAGUCAACAAUUCAAUACAAUGCGCCAAAACAAAGACCCGGACUUAAUCUAAACUUAAAUCAAUAUAAAUCAGCAAGUUAAAGCCUUUCACAAUCUAAAUUAAGAAGAUCUAAAAUUUUCGAUUGA